CGACUGGAGUUUCAUACUUGAGGAGCGACGCAAGAGAGGGCAACUCCUUAAACUUGACCGUCUGCUCGUGCUCAUUACAUGCAGUUGUUCGAGAUUCUGUCCAGAAGUUUCGCCUUCUCCUGUCAGGAUGUACACGACGGGACUCAAUCCGUUUUACGCAUCGAACUUUAGCCUGUGGACUGCGUACUGUUCGGCAGGUUUUGCGGUGGAUAGCAUGAAGAAACCCUCGUUCUGCAUUGCUGAUAUAUUGCAUGUUGGAGAUGCUGAAAACAUCCAGGGAUCGUCUUCGCUCAUGGCUCAUCUUGGGGCCCGCGCGCAGGUUCAUUCGUCCGGGUCUCCGUUGCGGCCGUCGCCGGUAACCCCGGACGCGCGUUUACACCCCGCGUACCACCGGCACGGAAUACACUUGACAUCCAGAGCCGCGAUAAACGCCCCCCCGCCGACAAGUAAAGACCUCAAGUUCGGUAUUGAUCGGAUAUUAUCCACAGACUUCGAGCCGAAGUCAAAAGAAUCACCAUCGUUGAGAGAUCUCACGUCGAUUGUUAGUCCGAAUCGGCAGUCUGCAGUCCAUGUGUCUGCCAGCCCGUACAUCGCGUCCAUAGACCCGACCAUGAGCGAAACCUCCUCCAUGAUGGGUUCAAUAGGCAAUGCCGCCAGACAAUCAGGGCAACAUCAGUUUCAAGACACCUUCCCAGGUAGGCCGUACGCGGUGCUUUCCAAAGACACAAUGCCACAGACGUACAAGAGGAAAAGAUCCUGGUCCAGAGCUGUGUUUUCCAACCUGCAGCGGAAAGGCCUGGAGAAACGCUUCGAGAUACAAAAGUACGUCACUAAACCGGACAGAAAACAACUGGCUGCGAUGCUGGGACUCACCGACGCACAGGUGAAAGUCUGGUUUCAGAACCGAAGGAUGAAAUGGAGGCAUUCCAAAGAAGCACAAGCACAGAAGGACAAGGAGAAAGAACAACCGGACAAAUCCGCGGCUGAAACCGAGCAAAAAGAACGCGACGAUUCCGAAUGCGAAACCGAGCCGAGCGAAUCCGAAUUCGAAGACGGACCGGAAGACAAAAGCGACGUGGACAUUUCUGACCUCAACAAAGCUAGUGUGAUUAUUCCUGGACCUCUGCCUGUCAGCACGCAGGACACAUCCAGCACAAACCCCACAACAGAACCGAACACAGCCACACAAAUGCUGCAGUGAGAAGCAAAAUCUUCUGAUGUGAACCAGAUCCGAAUCAUCUUACGAUGUGAACACCUCAAACACACAAUUAACGCGUUUUACGGGACAGAGACACACAGACAGAGCACAAACACACACACAGGCCUACAUGAGCCCCCGUCUUCCAUUGUGAAACAGAGACUCUUCUUUUUAUUUGUGAACGGAAAGCAUCGCCUCUGCCUUAACCGAACCACUUAUGACGACUUGGGAUUUGAAUGCCGUUGAUAAACUUGAUUGUAUUAUAUUUGUCUGUAAGUAUUUGCACUGAACAUGUAAAUAAACGAUUGAUACUUCUAGAUCAA